AUGAAGGCCGAGUACACCAAGCUCCUUCGGGACUUUCUCGGUCAAGUCCAGUAUGAACUACCCCGCCACCGGUAUGAUUUGGCUCUGGAGAGCCUCGUGCAUGAGUACUUUUUGCCUGUCAGGACAUUGCUCCCAACGUGGGCCCUCACGGUCCCGAAAGAGGCCCAGCGCUGGCCGUUUUACUUGCGCCUGAAAAGCGGAAUUGCCGAGGCCUACGCCUGGAUGGCUUUCCCUCCAGCCCUCUAUCCGGAAAAUACCCACUUCAGGGUCUACCUAUUGGCUGUCCCCGAGUUGACGUAUGUUUUCAAUGCGGUGAAUGAAAUUUUCUCCUUCCACAAGGAGUGCAUCGUUGGUACCGAGAGGAGUAAUUUUGUCUCGAAUGUCGCCAUCGCCAACUCCGUGUCCCCUUUGCGCGCAUUGGAGCUUCUGUGUGACGAAACCAUACAGGCCAUGCGCCGAGUCCGUUCCAUUCUGUCAGUGAAACCCGGGAUGAAGCAGGAUAUUGAACCUUUGUUUCAUGGGUAUAUUUUGUAUCACCUUUCGCAGACCCGGUAUCGACUUGCCGAGCUCCACAUCCCGGAAGCGCGGGAGGCAUGCAACCUGAUGAAGGGGACCCUUUUCCAGGACCACACCCCAAGUGGGCAUAUUGAGAAGAGAGCCACAGGGAACGGCCAGGCCUGGUAG